AUGGAGUCCAUGAGUCAACUUCAUCGUGACAUUCUCCAAGACAACCACAUGAGCAUUAUCCGAGACCUUGAUGUGAAAUACGUCUUGGGUUAUCUGUUCCAACAAAGAGUCCUGACGGAGAGGACCAUGGGGGACAUAAGGGCUAUACAUGAGGAGAAAAGACAAGAGAGAGCCGCAAAACUACUCAACAUUAUCCCGUCGAGUGGCGACAGGGCUUUCGAGAUAUUUUGCACAGCUCUAGAGAAGUAUGGGUAUCCUCAUUUGGGCAAGUUGCUCAGGGAAGCAGAGAAAAAUGCUCCACCACAUGCAGUGGCAACAGAAGUCCCGGGUGUAGUUGAGAAGUGCGCAAAAGCUCUGAGGGACCACUACAAGAAAACAUAUCAGAAGCAUUAUCCGCUCAGCUGGCACGCCUUUCGUCUGGAAACAGAGAAGGUGUACAUACAGAACCAGUUUACUCGAGUGGACAGAUCCGACACGGAUGAAAUCGUCCCAACGCCAGAGGACAACCUCCGGCUUGACAAAAAGAACCUGCUCCUCCAAGGUCGCCCUGGUACGGGCAAGACCACCUUCAUCUACCACCAGGCGUACACGUGGGCAGCGGGCAAAAAUCCUGCCUUGGAGGACAUCAAACUUCUGUUUGCUCUGUCAGCGCGCACGGUACGUACCGGGAACCUUCUGCAGGCUGCCUGUGACCAGUUGCUGGAGAGCGACUUCCUGAGCUCGGUUGAGCUGGAGUCCUUGAAAGGUUGGAUCAAAGACAACCCGCGCCGUACCAUGUUCAUGAUCGAAAACGUCGACGAGACUCCAGGCGUCAGCGAAGAGGACGUGGUGGAUCCCGACCACACGAAGCACCCGAUUCUACGGUACGUGCUGAAGAAAUAUCUCCGGGAGACGCCCAGUAUCCUAACAACGAGAAGUACAGAAAUUACAACAGGCAGUUCUAAUCCAAAGGCCAUUCACAUCCCGCUGCACUGCGAUGCCCAUUAUAAUGUGAACGGGUUCUCUCAAGAGGAUAUUGUCAGGUACAUCGACAGGUUCUUCAGCUGUCGUGCAGAAGGCGAAGAAGAUGCCGAGAGCCUCAAGUUUGCCAUUUCUGUUGACGAGUGUCUACAGGACAUUGUCACAAACCCAUUUUACGCCGUCAUUGUCAGCAUACUAUGGGGAAAUCGGAUCAGGAAACCAAACACGUGCACCGAGAUAGUGGAGGAAGUGAUUGCCUUAGUCGCGAGAAGAUAUAUCGAGGACCCUAAACAUUCCAUGACCAAAGAGACGAUGGAGGAAAGCCUAGCUAACUUGGCGAGGAUGGCAUGGGAUUCAAUAGAAACGGAAAAGUUCGCUUUCACAGCCAAAGAGGUAAAGGAAGCAAUUGGAAAUGAGUCUGUCAUUGAUAUGGGUCUUAUCGUUGAAGAUCCCACCAUAAGGGAGGUUCGCUACAAGUUCCAGCACAAGGCUUUGAAAGAGUUCCUGGCUGCAAAAUAUGUCGUGACGAGACCGCCCGGUACAGAGGAACGAAAACAAUGCCUUAGGAAGCUGUGGUCAACCGAGUGUGUCAGCGGGCAGAACUAUGUCAAUGUCUGCUUGUUCGCUGCUGGACUUCUGAGAGAGAAUUGCCAGGAUCUCUUCGAGGCUUUCGAUGUGAAUUUCUCAGAAAUGACGAGGCUUGAAGCACCUAAGUGUUGUGUGCACGACGAUACAAGUCGAGCGUGUUGGGCUGUCAGUGAGUCUGGCCACAUGAGGAAAACUGCUCCGCUCUUGGUAGCAUAUCUGCCUGAGACAAUCGAACUAGACUUCAAGAGAAGACCUCCCAAACCAGCGGUCAUUCGGGGGCUUGCAGAAGUCAUGGAGGCCUUGCCGGCAGACAAGAAAGUAGAGAUUGCUGAGAUGUGGGUCUUAAACCCAAAGAGCCUUCAGCGCCUUGGGAGAGCUAUGAAGUGCACGCGGCGUGUCAGGUCUCUGAAAGUGAAUGUGACAGGGCUGGACAUGACUCUCUCUAAUCCCAUGGAAGACAACAACAACGGAAUUGUAGAUUUUCACAAGGGUGUUGCAGAAAACCAAAGUAUCUUCCACUUGGCGAUUGAAGCAAAUAUUGACAGGAUGGAUGAACAAGCCGUAAGGGCAAUACCACAGGCCAUCCAAGGUAACAAGUCGAUUCGUGAUCUGCAGCUCCAGGUGUACUGUGCCAAGAGCUGUUCACACAGGUGCUCAAACAAAAUUUCCAAGGGCUUAAAGACACACUGCAGUCGUGAGACGAAUGCCGCGGUCUUCCUGGACUCCUUAUCCACUGCCUUGCGUCAUAACUCCACUCUGCGGAGCUUGUACUUGAGUGGGUACAUCUUGCGACACAGGAAGGCUCUGGAGGUACUUGCCCCGGCGAUAGCUGAGCAUCAAGGUCUACGGGCGGUGCACGUUAGAGGCUUCUCCGGUGGAAGAGGACACAUCCAAGACCCUGGUAUCGACGCUUUGGCUUAUGUAAUGGGGAAUACCAAGACACUGGCAUCUUUGUCCAUUCGACUGAACGGUUUGACUUCCACGACUGAAAGCGCUGACUGUGCGAUCAAGCUGUGCGAAGCCCUGAAGAAGUGUGAGACAUUGGAAAGACUUGAGCUAGUCUUCACCUGGAUGUUUGCACGGGAAAAACUGCUGAUCGCAGAAGUGAUCUCAGCGAGCCAGGCCAUCAAGAAGGUCACCUUCGGCUGGAGAACCAUGAACGAUUCAUUCCUCUUCGCGUUGUGCAAGGCAAUCGAAGAGCAACCCAGUGGCAGCCUCAGGAAAGUAGAACUAUCGGGAAGGUUCAACGCAGGGGGUCUUGGAGAACUGGGAAGACUCAUAGCUUCCAGUCAGACUCUACAAGACGUCGAGCUGCAUGGGAAACCGUUCUGCCGGGAGGGAUUUCAGGCAUUUGUGGACAAGGUUCAGGAGUCACAAAUGAGCCCCACCCCUUGCCGAGCCGAGCCUAUCAACGUGUCCAUGAAAGGCACAGUGGAGGGAGAACUGACCGAAACGUUGAAGUUCCGAAUCCAUUCCGCACAGGUGAAUCUCUCAGUACAUCUACAACCGGCUGAGUCAAAUCCUCUGACGUACAUUCCAUCUGGACUAGAAUGGUUAUCGUGA